UAAACUCACUAAUGUUUACUUCCGGUGGUAGCUUUACUUCGACAAACGAGGGAAAGUUCAAACAAAAAACCUUUUUCCCUAAGCAGCUAUGUAAUGUCUAAUAAAAUGUCUCACCCACUUUCUUUAUCAGAUAGAUGGAUCCAGGAAAACAACGAGUUGGUAAACAAAUGGAAGCAUCAAGAAGGAGGAGGAGAUGCCUUGGACAGAGACCAGAUCCUGACCCAUCUGAGAGCGUGUUCCUCAGAGUUUCACAAACUUUUAAGGAAAAUUCAAGGUAUCCCUCCUCUUGCAGACCACACACAGUUGGAGCUGACAGUGGUAUACAAUGCCUGUGUGUCCUCUGCAGCUCAGUCGCAGUUCUCAGAAGCUGAGCUGCUCCUCACACAAGCCACAGAGAGAGUUCUACAGGUGACAGGACAUGACCCUGUUGCUUCAGACCAUCCUGUGUUUUGGAGAACACUUCUCAAAUCAGUGGAAAGCACAGCUUUGAAUUCCUGUGUACUUUACCUUCUCUGUCUGCAGUGGGCAAUAUGGCUUGCCACUUGCCAGCUGAAAACUAUUCAGGGAUUCCAGGAUGAGCUGUUCUCUUUGUCUGAGACACUAUCUGCUGGAGUUAGAGAUGACAUGAAGAUGAAGAGCGAGGCAGGAGGAAACAUUCCACUCCUGUUGAUGAACCCAAGAAGGCUUGUUGAAUUACUACAGAUCUGUACUUUCAUUGUCCAAGGUGCAGAAAGCUUGAGUGAGGGUCGGAGUUCAGACGCGCUGACUGGUCUGCAGACAGCUUCUUCCCUGCCUGCUCCCAGAACUCUAAUAGCAUACACACACCUCCUCUCAGGCUCUUGCCUCACCCAUAUGAGCCGCCCUCAGAUGGCAUUGCAGUGUUACCGGAAGGCACUAGAGACAGACUCCCAGUGUGUAUGUUCUCUGUAUCAAAGCAUGCUCAUUUACAGACAGCUGGGCAACACCCAGGCUGAGAUACAAGCUCUUCGUUUGCUGCACUCAACUUUGAUGUUGCCCUCUGCCACAGAGCCUGCUCUGGCUACUACUGAUCUCCUCUCCCCGUCCUUACUGCUCUGCAGCCAAUCGCUGAGCUACCUGCUCUCAGUUCCCUCUGCCCUCUCUGUCCUUCACAAUCUGGCCCUGAAGUGUGUGCUCCAUGGGAGGUUGUCAGAGGGUGUGGAAUGUUAUUUAGACCUGCUGGCUGCUCUUCACUCAGAGGAUCAACAUGGAGUGCAAGCUGAGGUCCCUCCCCUUCCCAAAUUGCCCGCGCUUUACCUGGAGGCUGGCGCUGCCUUGCUCAUGGCUCGCCGGCCUGCUGACUGCAUGGCGCUGUGCGAUGAAGUCAUCAGCACGACACUGGAGCUGCUGCCAGAGAAGUUGGUGUUGGAAGAGCCAGAGGAGAAGAGUGAGGCCGAGACCAGGGCUGUGUGUUCAGAAGGUGAAGAUAGGGUGGGGAUGCUGCUCUGGGUCGGGGCUGCCUACCUCCUCCAAGGUCACUGCCACACUCACCUGACGGACUGGAAACAAGCUGUGACUCAUUACACAAGGUGUAUCAACCUGCUGGUGAAGGUGCGCUUUAAAAAGAGAGGUUUCCCACCACAGAUCCCCAGUGCAGAUAUGGUUAGCAAGCAGGGAACAGAUGUGUAUAUCCUCCAGAGGCUGAAGGGACUUUCUCUAGCUGGUAGGGGCAUCAGCUUCACCCAGACAGACCAACUGAGAGAGGCACUGAGAGACCUCCAGCUCAGCCUGCAGGCAUUUCCAGACUGUGUGAGUGCAGGCCUGUGGUGUGGUGAAGUGCUAUGGAGGCUUGGCAGGAGACGGGAGGCAGCAGCUUGUUGGGAAAAGACCUGGAGUGUCACCACACAACCCUCAGUAGAGAGUCUUUGUCUGUACCUGCAGGAACCACAGUCUUGCCCUUUGUUGGACUCCACUGAGCUGCGCCACAGAAUACAGGAACUUGGUCCUACCAUGUCAGCCUAGAGAGGGACAAAAGAAGAAUACCCUAUCACUUACUGAGCAGGAUCAACUUUCUCUGGCUUGUGAACUGAAACCCAUACCAACAACCAACAUACAUCUACUGGGACAGUAAAAUAAAGCAUCUUGAACGGG